GGGGGCGGCCCGCCCGGCGCCAUCCGCAAGGACGCGUUCGCCGACGCCGUGCAGCGCGCGCGCCAGAUCGCGGCGAAAAUCGGUGGCGACGCCGCCACCGCCGUCAACAACAACGCGCCCGACUUCAGCUUCGGGGGGCAGAAGCGGCAGCUGGAGGACGGAGACCAGCCCGAGAGCAAGAAGCUGGCGGCAGCGCCGGGCGACGGUGAGCGGGGAUGUCCCCCCUUGUCCCCCCGGGGCCUGACAACGUGUCCCGUUUGCAGCAGGUCGACGGUGACCGAGGAGUACCGCGUGCCCGACGGCAUGGUGGGACUCAUCAUCGGCCGGGGCGGGGAGCAGAUCAACAAAAUCCAGCAGGAUUCGGGCUGCAAGGUGCAGAUCUCGCCAGACAGCGGCGGCCUCCCUGAGCGCAGCGUCUCCCUCACCGGCUCCCCGGAGUCCGUGCAGAAGGCCAAGCUGAUGCUGGACGACAUCGUGUCGCGGGGCCGGGGCGGGCCGCCGGGGCAGUUCCACGACAACGCCAACGGGCAGAACGGCACAGUGCAGGAGAUCAUGAUCCCGGCCGGCAAGGCCGGCCUCGUCAUCGGCAAGGGCGGCGAGACCAUCAAGCAGCUCCAGGAGCGCGCCGGCGUCAAGAUGAUCCUCAUCCAAGACGGUUCCCAAAACACCAACGUGGACAAACCGCUGCGGAUUAUCGGUGACCCCUACAAAGUGCAGCAAGCGUGCGAGAUGGUCAUGGACAUCCUGCGCGAGCGCGACCAGGGCGGCUUCGGCGAGCGCAACGAAUACGGCUCCCGCGUGGGCGGCGGCAUCGACGUGCCCGUGCCCCGGCACUCGGUCGGCGUCGUCAUCGGCCGCAGCGGCGAGAUGAUCAAGAAGAUCCAGAACGACGCCGGCGUGCGGAUACAGUUCAAACAAGACGACGGGACGGGCCCCGAGAAGAUCGCGCACAUCAUGGGCCCCCCCGAGCGCUGCGAGCACGCGGCGCGCAUCAUCAACGACCUGCUGCAGAGCCUGCGGAGCGGCCCCCCCGGCCCGCCGGGACCCGGGAUGCCCCCCGGGGGCCGCGGCCGCGGCCGGGGCCAGGGCAGCUGGGGCCCCCCCGGCGGCGAGAUGACCUUCUCCAUCCCCACGCACAAGUGCGGCCUGGUCAUCGGCAGAGGGGGCGAGAACGUGAAGGCCAUCAACCAGCAGACGGGCGCCUUCGUGGAGAUCUCGCGGCAGCUGCCCCCCAACGGCGACCCCAACUUCAAGCUCUUCAUCAUCCGCGGCUCCCCGCAGCAGAUCGACCACGCCAAGCAGCUCAUCGAGGAGAAGAUCGAGGGUCCCCUGUGCCCCGUGGGGCCGGGGCCGGGCCCGGGGGGGCCGCCGGGUCCCGCCGGCCCCAUGGGCCCCUUCAACCCGGGGCCCUUCAACCAGGGCCCGCCGGGCGCCCCCCCGCACCCCGGGGGCCCCCCCCCGCACCAGUACCCCCCCCAGGGCUGGGGCAACACCUACCCGCAGUGGCAGCCGCCGGCCCCCCACGACCCCAGUAAGGCGGCGGCGGCGGCCGACCCCAACGCCGCCUGGGCCGCCUACUACUCGCACUACUACCAGCAGCCGCCGGGGCCGGUGCCGGGGCAGCCGCCCGCGCCCGCCGCCCCCCCCGUGCAGGGGGAGCCCCCCCAGCCCCCC